AUGGUAGAUGUAUCUUAUACAUUGGUGCUAUUAUUAGCAACAUUUAUAAAAUUUGCUCAAGGGCUACCAAUUUUUCAUGAAACGAACUAUGAACCGUUUGCUAAUUACUUGAAUUCGCUUGAUUUUGAUCAGCCAAAAUUAUCAAUGUAUGAACCAUUACCACUACCUAUCUUGGAUGUGAUGGUAAAAAAAAAUAUUGCAAUAGGACGCGCUGAUGGCUUCAGGCCUGGCAAGUGA